CUUAGAGAUCUUAUAUAUCGAGGUCGAGCCAUGCAAGACGAAGACGAAGGCGAUGAUGGUAUGGCGCUUGAAUGGCGUGCAAAUAAUCCAAAGCGGGCAUGGGUUAUGGCUGUAUACAAAGAUGAUAACGGAAAUGAAAUAAAAUUUCAUAGAAGCAUAACAUCGUCUGGAACAAGUGAAUACAAAAUUGACAACAAAGUUGUUACCUAUGCAAAAUAUAAUCAAGCCUUAGAACAACAAAACAUAUUGGUAAAGGCGAGGAAUUUUCUCGUAUUUCAGGGUGAUGUAGAGGCUGUUGCAUCACAAUCCCCAAAAGAUUUAACUAGAUUGAUCGAACAAAUUAGUGGAUCAUUGGAAUUAAAGGCUGACUAUGAACAGUUAAAAAUCCAGCAAGAACGUGCAACUGAAAAUUCUGCAUUCAAUUUUAACAAAAAACGCGGGAUAAAUCAAGACAUACAAGAAUAUCAGAGGCAAAAGGCCCAAGCACAGCAAUUUGAAAAACUACAGAAUGAAAAGAUGCGAAUUUUAGUAGAUUAUCUUUUAUGGAAGCUAUAUCACAUACAAGGCAAUAUUGAUGAAUGUCAUGAACAGAUAGAUAGUCAUAAUGAAAUUAUUAGAGAAAAACAGCAAACACAGAAAAAAUAUGAUGCGGAUCACAAACAAGCUCGAUUGGAACAAGCAGAAAUUCACAAAAAACACUAUAGGAUGGAGAAAGAGAUCCAGUUAAAAGAAAAAGAAUUAGAAGAAAAGCGCCCGGUGCUAUUAACGAUGGAUGAAAAAAUCACCUAUUCUAAUAGAAAAUUAACUCAGUUGGAGGAAAAUGCUGAGAGAAUUCGGAAAGAUUAUGAUCGUCAGUCGAAAAGGGUAGAAGAAUUACAGCUAGAAUUAGGACAUGUCACGAGAGCUGCAGAUGAAUAUGAAGCAUCAUUAAAUGCUGAAAGCAGUAGUAAUAAGAAAAACGCAAUACUAAACACAGAUGAAAUUGCUGAAUAUAAUAGACUGCGAGAACAGGCCAACAAACAAACAGUUUACGAAAAACAACAAUUAGAAAAUCUCCGCAGACAAGAAAAGACAUGUCGUGAAUCUACACAGAGAUUAAAAGAGAAGAUGGAGGAUUUGGAUAGACGUCGAAACCAGCUAGAGGAAGAGCAAUUGACUCUGACGGAUCAUAAAGAGAAGGUAUCUGCUAACGUGUUGCAGUUACAAUCCGAUAUUGAUCAAUCUAAAAAAGAACUUCACGCUGCUGUUACGGAGCGUGAAUCUAUUAACCAACAAGAAAUCCAGCUAAAUCGCGAAUUACAAGAAAUACUCAAUCAACUUACUGUGGCAAGUGUGGACCAGAGAGAAUCAGAACGAGAACAAAGAAUGAAGGAAUGUUUAGAAAGUUUGAAGAGAGUAUUUUCUGGUGUGCAUGGACGUCUUCUUGAUUUAUUUUCUCCUACUCAGAGAAAAUACGCAGUGCCCGUAUCUAUAAUCCUUGGUAGGAACUUGGAUGCAAUUAUUGUUGAUCAACAAAAAAUUGCUAUUGAAUGCAUACAGUACAUGAGAGAACAACGUCUUGGCCAUGCUACAUUUAUCCCACUCGAUACAAUUGUAGUCAAAUCAAUAAAUGACAAAUACCGUAGUAUCAUGAAGGGCGCAAGAUUAGCAAUAGACGUUAUUACCUACAAUGAUAAACUUGAACGCGCAUUUCAAUAUGCCUGUGGUAAUACUUUAGUGUGUGAUACACUAGAUAUUGCCAAACACAUAUGUUACGAAAAAAACCAGCAAGUCAAAGCUGUCACCCUUGACGGUACUAUUAUUCAUAAAAGUGGAUUAAUCACAGGUGGUCAUAGUGAUGAUAUUAUUUCUGGUGCCAAACGAGUAACCGAAAAAAAACGUGCAGAUAGUAUGGAUGUAUUAAGGAGUCAGAGAGAUGAGCUAAUGUCGAGAUUGAACAAUCUCAGCAAAUCAAAGAGACGAGGAAAUUUUGAAGAACAAAAAAAAAGUGAGAUUUCUGGCUUAGAAUCAAGACUGGAAUUUUCUCAACAGGAUUUGACAAUAUCCACAACAAAACUUGCAGCCAUCAAUGAUGAAUUGAUCGUUAUUUCAAACGAAGCUGCACAACUUUUGCCAGCUUUAGAAGAGUCACAAAAUGAACUUGUUGGUCUCGAUGCACAAGUUAGCCAAUGUGAGAAUAACAUAAACGAGAAAGAAGAUUCUAUUUUUCAAGAAUUCUGCCGAAAAAUCGGAGUUUCAAACAUUAGGGAUUAUGAACAACGGCAAUUAAAAAUGGCUCAAGAGAUUGCAGAAAAAAGAUUAAAAUUUACAACUCAAAAAUCUCGGCUUCAAAAUCAAUUGAAAUUUGAAACAGAACAAAAAAAAGAAACAGAAGAUCGACUAAAUAAACUCGAAUCAACUAUUCAAGAUGAAGCAGAUAAGGUCUCCCAAUUUGAAAAUGAAAAAAAACAAUUGUUAAAUGAUAAAAAACGUAUUUCAGAUGAGAUUUCUGAGAAACAAAGGGUUCUCAGCGAGAUUAAAAAUGAAUAUGACGUUAAGACUGCUGCAGUCACUUCUUCAAAACGACAGUUGACACAAAUAUCUAAAGAAAUUGACAGAUUGAUGAAAGAAAUUGUUAGCAAAGAAUCGGACAUUGAAAAGCUAGAAGCUGAUCGAUUCUCGAUAUUUCGCAAAUGUAAAUUAGAAGAAAUAGACUUACCACUUUUGAGAGGAUCUCUUGAUGAUGUCUUAACGAAAGAUUCGAGAAAUUUGGAUAAUGACUUAAUGGAUAUUGAUGACGAAGACAUUUAUUCAAACGAUAAUGCCGGACCCAGCACAAUUGGUGCCUCUAGAAUCGAAGUGGAUUUUAAUUCUUUGAGCGAAUACCUUAAAGAGAAUGAUGAGAUAGAAAUUACAAAAGAUUUUGAGAAAAAGCUUGACGAAAAAACUGCAAAAAUGGAAGAAAUUGCUCCAAGCUUGAAAGCUAUCGAAAGAUUGGAGGGUAUAGAACAGCGCCUGCGAGAUACUGAAAAAGAAUUUGAUAGUGCGAGACGCGAUGCUAAGACAGCCAAGGAUAGGUUUAAUGCUGUUAAACAAAAAAGAUAUAAACUUUUUCAUGCUGCAUAUGAUCAUAUCGCCGAAAACAUUGAUAAAAUAUAUAAAGAUUUAACGAAAAGUCGCAGUUUUCCGUUGGGAGGGACUGCAUACCUUAGUUUGGAGGAUACCGAGGAACCCUAUCUAGAUGGUGUAAAAUAUCAUGCAAUGCCUCCAAUGAAGCGUUUUCGAGAUAUGGAACAGCUGUCAGGUGGUGAGAAAACCAUGGCAGCGUUGGCAUUAUUAUUCGCUAUUCACAGUUAUCAACCAUCGCCUUUUUUUGUUCUUGAUGAAGUUGAUGCCGCAUUGGAUAACACUAAUGUCGGAAAAAUUGCAAACUAUAUCCGAGAACACGCUUCAGAUACCUUUCAAUUUAUUGUCAUUUCUCUCAAGAGUACUUUAUAUGAAAAAGCACAAGCACUUGUUGGAAUAUAUAGAGAUCAAGAUAUAAACAGCAGCAAGACAUUGACAUUGCAGGUUGAUAAAUUUUCAGAAUAA